AUGAGUUCAGAAGAAUCUGGUUCCGAUUGGGAUAGUAUUUCCGAAAAUAAACCACCAGGAUUAUCGGAUAAUGAUGAUCGUAGUGGAAGUAAAUUGAGGAGCAAUCUACAAACGGGUCAAGUCUUGAAAACAUUAACUGAUAGCAAUAUAAGUCAUCCUCAGCCAUCAUCCAGUCAAUCGGCGGAUAUCAAUCCAAUACCACCACCUAAACCUAAAACCAAUCGAUUAAAAGUAAGCUUAAGCAGUAAAAAAAGUGAUGAUGGCGUGAUGACAUUUACUGAUCGUCGCCGUACCCUGGACAAUGAACAAGAUGGCGAUCAUUCAUCCACUCAUGGUAGCCAGAUGCAAUUAGCAACGACAAUGAGUAGACAUAGUAGUAGUAGUCGAUCCGAUAUUCCAGUUCUAUCUGAUGAACGGCCACCCUAUAAUUUUGAACCGGUGGUAGGACGCCAACCAGGUAAUCAAAGCCAACUUAUUCAACCUACUGGCAAGGCUAGUAAAAAAUCCUAUCUACCAAUGAGUGAAGAAGAAGGCUCGCAAUCUCCUAUACCCGCAACAGCCAAUUGGCAAAAAAUGCCUUCUCCACCAAGUAUUCAUAAUGAUGAUAGUGGAGGUAAUAAUCAGAGGAUAGAUUAUCCCUCUACUACCAAAGAACCGACAUCAAAGCAGAAAAUACCUUUAGCUGAGAAACAAGAAGCAAUUAGAGCCAAAUUAGAGGUCAUAUCUGGUGCUGUUUUCAUGGCUUUACAAAUUGCAAUGGAUGUUUUAUUGGUAUUUGGCCGAGAUCUUUUUAGGUUCCUAGUUCGCAAUUUAAUGUUAAGAAUCGUUUUAACCAUUUUCAAAGGCAAUCGUAAUUAUUGUUUGACAACUUGCUCUCGAGGUAUUUUCGAUUGUCUUGAAUUUAACGUGAAUAUCUUCCAUUAUAUAACAAGAUCGAUAAAAUUAAUAUUGGAACCAAUAUUGGAUAUAUUCCAUCGUUUAGCUCAAAGUAUCGCCUUAAUUGUUCAGAGUUUUCGAUUAGUUGAAUACAAUGCUGCAAAAGUUCAAUCCAGUCGUCGAAGUAUGCAGCAUGUAUAA